AUGUCACACUGGGCAGAAGUGGAGCAAGAGUGGAGGGCGAGUGCGCGCUGUGCGGGCGGGGAGAGACCCUUUCCGGCCAGCAGAGGGCAGCCGAGGGGAGGCGCUGGCGCGCGAGGGCUGAGCGAAGCCUCGCCUCGCUCGGGCAGCCUCAGCCUCAGCACCAGCCGCGGCGGAGCCUUGAGCGCAGCCACUGAGGGCAGCGGCGGCGGCGAGGAGCCGGCCGGGGGCUUCGAGGACGCCGAGGGCCCCCGGCGGCAGUACGGCUUCAUGCAGAGGCAGUUCACCUCCAUGCUGCAGCCCGGGGUCAACAAAUUCUCGCUCCGCAUGUUUGGGAGCCAGAAAGCGGUGGAGAAGGAGCAGGAAAGGGUUAAAACUGCAGGCUUCUGGAUUAUCCACCCUUACAGUGAUUUCAGGUUUUAUUGGGAUUUAAUAAUGCUUAUAAUGAUGGUUGGAAACCUGGUCAUCAUACCAGUUGGAAUCACAUUCUUUACAGAGCAAACAACAACACCAUGGAUUAUUUUCAAUGUGGCAUCAGAUACAGUUUUCCUUUUGGACCUGAUAAUGAAUUUUAGGACUGGCACUGUCAAUGAAGACAGUUCUGAAAUCAUCCUGGACCCUAAAGUGAUCAAGAUGAAUUAUUUAAAAAGCUGGUUUGUGGUUGACUUCAUCUCAUCAAUCCCAGUGGAUUAUAUCUUUCUCAUUGUAGAAAAAGGAAUGGAUUCAGAAGUUUACAAGACAGCCAGGGCACUUCGCAUUGUGAGGUUUACAAAAAUUCUCAGUCUCUUGCGUUUAUUACGACUUUCAAGGUUAAUUAGAUACAUACAUCAAUGGGAAGAGAUUUUCCACAUGACAUAUGACCUUGCCAGUGCAGUGGUGAGAAUUUUUAACCUCAUCGGCAUGAUGCUGCUGCUCUGCCAUUGGGAUGGCUGUCUUCAGUUCUUAGUCCCACUCCUGCAGGAUUUCCCACCAGACUGCUGGGUGUCUCUGAACGAAAUGGUUAAUGACUCGUGGGGAAAGCAGUAUUCAUAUGCACUCUUCAAAGCUAUGAGUCACAUGCUGUGCAUCGGGUAUGGAGCCCAGGCCCCAGUCAGCAUGUCGGACCUCUGGAUUACCAUGCUGAGCAUGAUCGUUGGGGCCACUUGCUAUGCCAUGUUUGUCGGCCAUGCCACAGCUUUAAUCCAGUCUUUGGAUUCCUCCAGGCGGCAGUAUCAAGAGAAGUAUAAGCAAGUGGAGCAAUACAUGUCAUUCCAUAAGUUACCAGCUGAUAUGCGUCAGAAGAUACACGACUACUAUGAACACAGAUACCAAGGCAAAAUCUUUGACGAGGAAAACAUUCUCAGUGAACUCAACGAUCCUCUGAGAGAGGAGAUCGUCAACUUCAACUGUCGGAAGCUAGUGGCUACCAUGCCUCUGUUUGCUAACGCGGAUCCCAAUUUUGUGACUGCCAUGCUGAGCAAGUUGAGAUUUGAGGUGUUUCAACCUGGAGAUUAUAUCAUACGAGAAGGAGCUGUGGGUAAAAAAAUGUAUUUCAUUCAACAUGGUGUUGCUGGUGUCAUCACAAAAUCCAGUAAAGAAAUGAAGCUGACAGACGGCUCUUACUUUGGAGAGAUCUGCUUGCUGACCAAGGGCCGCCGCACUGCCAGUGUUCGAGCUGAUACAUAUUGUCGUCUUUAUUCACUUUCUGUGGACAAUUUCAAUGAGGUCCUGGAGGAAUAUCCAAUGAUGAGGCGAGCCUUCGAGACCGUUGCCAUUGACCGACUAGAUCGGAUAGGAAAGAAAAAUUCCAUUCUUCUGCAGAAGUUCCAGAAGGAUCUGAACACUGGCGUCUUCAACAAUCAGGAGAACGAGAUCCUGAAGCAGAUCGUGAAGCACGACCGCGAGAUGGUGCAGGCAAUCGCUCCCAUCAGUUAUCCCCAAAUGACAGCCCUGAAUUCCACCUCCUCCACCACGACGCCGACCUCCCGCAUGAGGACACAGUCUCCGCCGGUGUACACAGCCACCAGUCUGUCCCACAGCAACCUGCAUUCCCCCAGCCCCAGCACACAGACCCCCCAGCCGUCCGCCAUCCUGUCGCCCUGCUCCUACACCACUGCGGUCUGCAGCCCUCCCGUACAGAGCCCGCUGGCCACUCGAACUUUCCACUACGCCUCCCCCACUGCCUCCCAGCUGUCACUCACGCAGCAGCAGCUCCAGCAGCCCCCGCAGCCGCCCCCGCAGCCACAGACGCCCGGCGGCUCCACGCCGAAAAACGACGUGCACAGGAGCACGCAGGCGCUCCACAACGCCAGCCUGACCCGAGAAGUCAGGCCCCUGUCGGCCUCGCAGCCCUCGCUGCCCCAUGAGGUUUCCACUCUCAUUUCCAGACCUCAUCCCACUGUGGGCGAGUCCCUGGCCUCCAUCCCUCAGCCCGUGACCGCCGUUCACGGCCCGGGCCUUCAGGCAGGGGGCAGGGGCACCGUCCCCCAGCGAGUCACCCUGUUCCGACAGAUGUCCUCGGGAGCCAUUCCCCCUAACCGCGGAGCUCCUCCCGCACCCCCUCCACCAGCAGCUGCUCUUCCGAGAGAGUCUUCCUCAGUCUUAACUACAGACCCAGAGGCAGAAAAGCCACGAUUUGCUUCAAAUUUAUGA